CACCACGGGGGGGCGUCACAAGAUCUCGCGAGAUCUCAUUUGUAGGCACGAGGCCUCGGAUGAUGAGAAAUGAAUCCAUCCUCCUCUCUCACCUCCAUACAGGAGGGAAGAGGUUUCACUCUGUGCAUUGCUUCCAGCACCGUGGCGCGUUUCAUCCGUAGAACAACGGCAACGGAGUGAGCCCUUUUAUCCGCCGUUUAGCCUCUCUGUCUCGGUGGGUGGAGGCGGGGCAGAAGAGUGUAACAUCGUGAUGAGACAUUUCGUCCAUCACGGACUGAUGCAUAGCUGGUAGAGUCCGCGACAUUGUUUCAAGAUGUGUAGCGAAGCCUGAGAAAAGUUGCAACGUCUAAAGCGGGCCACACUUCUGUGGGGGGAAAUGACUUUUCGAACAUUAUUUAAAAAGUCACAUCACAGGGGACCCUUUAAUCUUAAUAUCCAACUGCAUGCAACAACAAAAACGAUAUCUUUGUUUUCAUAUAACAUGAAUAUUUAUAUAUUGUGCGCUUGUGUUCAUACGCUGUCAUUCAAAAAGUAUUCGUACUGGCAGGUUGCUUGAUCGCUCUUGGCCAGGUUGGCUUUCAUCCUGGUCUUGUGGCCUCCUCCCAGGACGCAUGUUAAUACUUCUCUUCAAGGCCGCAACAUGGCUCUUCCCGGUCCCCUUUUGUAGUCUGGUCCUCAGAAUCUCUCUGUCGUCCAAUCAGACGAGACCGCAGGCGAUCAGAGCCCGGGCUCGUGCUGUUCCCAGGGUUGCCAUGGUUACCAGAAGGCCAGCUUCUAAAGCUCCCGUGGUGUUAAAAGGACUGACGUUAGCGGCUCUUUUAUAUUGUUGUGGGAGAAGGCACCCCCCCCCCCCCCCCGCCCCCCCCGUCUACCCACGCAGGAAGGAAGCGUGCCGCCCCCCCCUCACCCCCCAUGCGUGGAUCUGGGUCAGGGUGGGUCUAGGAAGCAGUGGACAGUGGUCCUUGGAGACUGGAGUCAAGGAAAAGGAGGUCUGAUGAGGCAGAUUCAAAAAUAGGCUGCUUGAGGAGCGUAUCAGCUUGUGUGGUCCACAAAUGCUGUUUUUUUUCUUUAGACAAACACACUGAAAGGCUUUGUGAAGCGCAUGAAUCGUCCUCUUGUUCUUUGCGGUCCUGCACUGAAAAUAGAUGUGAACGCUUGUAAAUAUUUGAAAAAGUUCAAGGCGGAACCGAGUGAUUUAUCUUGUCAGGGAAGGUCACACACCUUUUUAAAAGUAACAAAUAAUUUAAAAAAAGCACUCGUGCUGCUUGUUUACUAGACUAGACAAGACUAAAGACGGAAGCAACAGCGCCUCUGCUGGUUGCAUUUGUGUAGUGCACCCUAAACUCUGACCUGAAGCUCUUUCAUGUCAGAAAUAGGAAAGCCUGUGGCUAAUUAAUAGCUAAAAGAACUACAGUUCCCAUGAUGCUUAGAGUGCCGAAACGGAAAGUAAUGCAUUUCUGCAAUAGAAGUCACUUGCAAUUUUAAAAUCGUAAAAAUGCUAUGCUUUGAAAAAAAAAAGUUGAAGGCAUCCAUCAUUGGCGGCGCUCCACAAGGCUUAUAAUAACCGUUGUGGUUUGCAGCGUGUCUGAUAGCCUGGCCCAGCUGCCGCACACACGCCGCAUGCUGCAGACGGCAUAGGCCCAGCUGGCUGAAAAGCGGAGUUUAGGGGCGGGGGCUACGAGGGGAGAGGGUUUAUGUAAGCGUUGACUCGCCCGUUUAUCGGGUUGGCUUGGAUAAAAGUCAUCAUUACUGAAGGAGACGUGGUGAUUGGCGUUGGUGGUUCAUGAAGAAAGGAUGCUUGCCCUCUCUCGGAGCCGUGGAAUAGCCCCCCAUCUUGUCCCUCUUCUCCCCUCUGAAUGCCACACGGCGAGCCGAGCAUCGGUGGACGAGCUUUACGAGGCCUUCUGCAUCCAGAGUCGCCUGAGGGACGGCGCCAGCCGCAUGAAACAGGCCUUCACUUCCUCCCCCUCCAGCAAAGGCACCAAGGAGAGCAUCGCCGAGGUCAACCGACGCUAUAAGGAAUACACAGAGAACAUGAGCGUGUUUGAGAGUGAACUGGAGAACCUGCUGGGAGAGUUUCACAUCAAAAUGAAAGGUUUGGCAGGCUUUGCCAGGCUCUGUCCUGGAGACCAGUACGAGAUCUUCAUGCGUUACGGUCGGCAGAGGUGGAAGCUAAAGGGGCGGAUCGAGGUGAAAUCCAGACAGAGCUGGGACGGGGACGAGAUGGUCUUCAUGCCGCUCAUCAGUGACCUCAUUAACAUCAAGGUGACGGAGCUCAAGGGCCUGGCCACUCACAUGCUGGUGGGCAGCGUCAUCUGCGAGACCAAGGAGCUGUUCACCGCCAUGCCUCAGGUGGUGGCGGUGGACGUCAACGACCUCGGGACUAUUAAGCUCAACCUGGAGGUCACGUGGUACCCCUUCGACGUGGAGGACCUGACGCUGUCAUCGGGCAACGUGAGCAAAGCCACGGCCCUGCAGAGGCGGGUGUCCGUUUACAGCCAGGGCACGCCGGAGACCCCCACCUUCCAGGACAGCUCCUUCUUUAAGUGGCAGCCAUAUCCUGUGGAGCGCCAGCGUCUGUCCUUCCUGCAAGUGCUCAGAGACACCCUGCUUGAGAAGCUCAGGCGCACUCGCUCCUUUGGGGACCUGGCCUCAUUCCGGCCUAGGCCCAAAUCCAGUCUGGAGGUCUAUUCGACGCUGCCAGACGACGUCUUUGAAAAUGGCGGCUGCGGCACAGCCGAGUGCAAGCGCCUCUCUUUCGCCUUCUCCGACACCUCUGCGUCCACGCCCAGCCCGGCGCCCAGCGCCCACUCGCCGGCCCCGUCCAACCCCGAGAUCACUGUCACUCCCCCGGAAACGGACACCUCCCCCUCCAGGCUCCUAUCGACCAGAGAGGGCUCCAUCGCAGAGGAAGACGAGGAGGACGGCGAAACGGGCAGCAGGGGCAGCCGGGACAGCAGGACCAGCGCCAGCCUCGCCAGCGACGAGGCGGACUCAGAAUGGGAACGCACCGAGUCCCAACGCAACCGGGGCUCAGACGCUCCCUCCUUGUGCUCUGACGGGCUUCUAUCAACGGUGGCGCCAGAGGACGUCUUCUUGGACCACGCGGAGGAGCUGAAGCCGGUGGAGCUGGACACGGAGGAGGGCGGCAACCUGACGCGGCAGCUGGUCAAACGGCUGACGUCCUCGGAAAUGCAGAGCGGAGACGGCUUCUUGGAGGGCGCGGGAAGCCCGAGCUGGGCCGGCGAGGGAAGCGGGGCCUUCCUGGAGACGAGCCUGGAGGACGCCAUCCACGAGCUGCUGAUGACGCUGGAGGUGCUGACGCACCGCUGCAGGGAGCUGCAAGACCUGGAGCAGGAGGUCAUGCGACUGGAGGACCUCCUGAAGUGUCGCCUCCCGGGUCACAGGAGUCGCUCGUCCAGCCUCAGCCUGACGGUGGAAAGCGCGUUGGAGAGCUUUGACUUCCUCAACACGUCAGACUUUGACGAUGAGGACACCGGAGACGACACUGCUGCUGCCGGCGUACUCGGCAUGCCGCCGCAGAGGUCGCCGCUCUUUGAAGGCGACGGGGAAAGGAUCGGUGGCCAGCAUCCGGAAGCACGGGGCCACCUGAGUGAAGCCCUGACCGAGGACACCGGGGUGGGCAACAGCGUGGCGGGAAGCCCCCUGCCGCUCAGCACGGGCAACGAGAACCUGGACGUGGCCGUGGUCAUUCACCUGCGGUACUGCAGCCGCCUCAUCCAGCUGCUGACGGGAGCAACGAGCAUGUGGCGGCGGCGCGGCGUUCUCCUCAAGCUGUCCACUCAGACGCAGCUUCUAGAGGAGCUCGCCGAGGUCAUCGUGGACCGAGCGGGGGCGGUGCCUUCAGCAGUGGAUGUCCUGCCGGACCUUGCAGAGCGGGAGGCUCUGAUGUCUUUGUGGUCCGAGUGCAGCGGUUCCUCCGGGUUCUUCCACGCGGCCGUGGACCGGGUGUUGACGCACAUGAAGCGGCGCUACGCUGACACGCUGCAGGAGACACACCCCCUCGGUCUUGACGCAGUCAUAUCCUUGGUGGUGGGCGACAUGGCGGACCGCAGCGACCCGGCCGGGUCCGACAGUCCCGCCGCCGCUCUCUGUCAGGACGUCAUCACCAUCUUUCAGUUCCACAGAUACGUGGUAGAACAUGAAGUCGGAGACAUGGAGACGCACCUGCUGCACCUGGCCGGCGAGGACAUGUUUGCGGAGGUCCUGUGCAGCGCCGACGCCUCCCAGUGUGUGUCGGCGCUGGAGGAGACGCCGCCGUGCUUCCUGUGGCCUCAAAGCAGCACCUUGAGGACGGUGGCCUCGCUGCUCACCGCUGAGGACCCCCGUCUCAACAAGGCGGCGUCCGACUACCUCGCCUCCGCCACGCCGCACGGACACUUCAGGAACAAAGCGGUGGAGUUCUACACUCAGGCGCUGUCGGAGGCCGGCGUUCAGAGUCAGAGGGCGGCGUGUGCGGCGCUCAGCUGCCUGCAGGCGGUGGAGAGCAUCCGAGCCGUGGUGGCGCUGUGUGAUUCUGCCGAUGAGGAGCUGCGGCACGUCGCCAUAGAAACGCUGCUCACGUUUGGUGAGGAGGGGCGCCUGGCCUACGAGCAGCUGGACACCGUCCCGGGCGAAAUGGUCCGUUUGGGCGCCCGGCGAGGGAACGCCAUCACCACCACCUUCUGAGCCACACAACCAACCUGCUAGCGGUCUCACUGUCGCCCCCAAGGGAACACACACACACACACACGGUCAUUUUUUGGGGUUGUAAUUGGAGAGCACACAGAGGAGAUCACACCCUCCCCCCCUUGGACACCCCCCUUGCACUCCCUUCACUUCAUGAACGUUUUUACUGUGAAAGCUUCACUUCUUUUUGUGCACGCUUCUUUUUGCACUUGUACAUACACGGCCUGUCAUGUGCUGCUUUGUUCCGUGACCUCUAUUCGAGUUCUAGAAUGUUCCAGGAUGGUGUUUGGGAAUUGUGCGCGUCACGUUUGAGGACGAAGCAAGGCACUCUUUGCAUCUUCUUAAACGUGCACUUUUUCAAGUGCAAUUCUGUACGUACGCCAAGUAUGUGAUCAACGUGACCUGGCAGGGUUUCUCACAGGAACGACACGGGGGGGGAAGUGCGUGCGCGCUUUUAUUUUAUUUUAUUUUUUUACAUUGACCGUCCUAAAAGAGGCGUGGCUUCAGUGUUUUGUUUAGUUUUUUUAAUUUUCGAGCACAAUUGAGAAGGGGGAUGUUCUUCUUUCCACACUUGGCAUUCUAAAAUUCUCAACUUUUUAUUCGUACUACUGAGUCACAUCUUAUUUAUUAUUCACAGCAUUCUAAUAUUCUCCUGCGUUGUUCUGUAUAAACCGCAGAGGACUUUAUGUAUAUGGAUUGUAUAUUUAUGUUCCCAGCUGGUUUAUUUUAUUUUACAUAUUAAAAAAACGGCCUCCGUUAUGUGAUGUCACUCAUGCUUAACUUUGAUUUGGAAAAUGAUAGAUUUAUUUUGGAGAAAGAUUGAGAAAGCAAAUAUUUAUAUUCCCUGGAUUGAGUAAUUAUUAUUUACGUAACAUGACUUCAGAAAACGUCUUAGAACCAAAGGCAAAGCAUUUUAUUGAGAAGGUGAAUGUAUUUUUCCAUAUUUUGGCCAGAAUACAACGACAGCCUUUCAAAGCACAACUAAAAUGACCCGCUCUGUGCUUCAAAAGCCAUAUGAAGUCAAAGCAAGUCACUUUUAUGAAAUGUACAUCUCCGCCCCCUCCCCCCUCCUUUUGUAUAACCUGUUGUGACUAAAUGCUUUUUGGCAAAUAUGGUCCACAUUUAACAUUUUAUUUCUCCCAGGAUGUGGGGAAAAAAGUAUUCUUGUAUACGUGAGCUACUUCAUUUUUCUUUUUAUAUAUUUGAAAUAACUUGCAGUUGAUCCGUGUUAUGGAAAGCAUUGUUGAGCUCCACACGUCUAAUGAUUUCAAGCAUUUUUAAUUGGAUCCGGUAUUUGCUCUGCUUAUUUGAAAACUUGCAAUAAAGUUUAUUUUUGCAUAAACGCAAAACUCUGGAGAAUUUUGUGCAGGAAUUUACGUUUAAUUGUUGGAUCUUGGAGAUUCUAAGAGCUUCAAAUCGCAAUGAAGAAAUGAGUGAGAUCGCAAGUUAAUGCAAACGAGCACAAAGGCGAAAUAGGCCAUCAGCUGAUCAAACGUU